UCUCUUUCUGGAGCUGUAAAAGACAAAAAGAAGAAUCAUGUCCAUGAUUGCAGCUUUCUAUGGUGGCAAGUCCAUUCUCAUUACGGGGGCCACAGGCUUCAUGGGCAAAGUGUUGAUGGAGAAGCUGUUACGCACUAGCCCCAACCUAAAAGUCAUUUACAUCCUUGUGCGGCCCAAGGCUGGCCAGACAACGCAGCAGAGGGUUCUCCAGAUGCUAAACAGUAAGCUGUUCGAAAAGGUCAAAGAAGUUUGUCCAAAUGUGCAUGAGAAGAUCAGAGCGAUCUAUGCAGAUCUCAAUCAGAAUGACUUCGCCAUCAGCAAGGAGGACAUGCAGGAGCUUCUCUCCUGCACGGACAUUAUCUUCCACUGCGCGGCCACUGUGCGCUUUGACGACCCUCUGAGGCAUGCGGUGCAACUUAAUGUCACUGCCACCCAGCAGCUCCUACUUAUGGCCAGUCAGAUGCCAAAGCUUGAAGCCUUCAUACAUAUCUCCACUGCCUUUUCAAAUUGUAACCUGAAGCACAUCGAUGAGGUCAUCUAUCCAUGCCCUGUGGAGCCAAAACAACUCAUCGAUUCCAUGGAGUGGUUAGAUGAUGCUAUUAUUGACGAGAUCACACCCAAGCUGAUCGGGGAUCGGCCCAAUACUUACACGUACACCAAGGCCUUGGGAGAAAUGGUGGUGCAUCAGGAGAGUGGGAACCUAAACAUUGCCAUCAUAAGGCCCUCCAUUGUGGGAGCGACCUGGCAGGAGCCCUUCCCGGGUUGGGUUGAUAACUUAAAUGGACCUAAUGGACUCAUUAUUGCGGCUGGGAAGGGGUUUCUUCGGUCUAUCAGGGCUGCUCCGAAGGCGGUGGCCGAUGUAAUUCCAGUUGAUACAGUCGUGAAUCUCAUGCUGGCUGUAGGAUGGUACACAGCAGUUCACAGACCUAAAUCAACAUUAAUCUACCACUGUAUCUCUGGUAACCUCAAUCCUUGUAACUGGGGCAAAAUGGGAAUACAACUCUUGGCAACCUUUGAAAAAGUCCCAUUUGAGAGAGCUUUUAGGAGGCCGAACGCUGACUUCACCACCAAUGCCAUCACAAACCAGUACUGGAAUGCAGUCAGCCACCGAGCCCCUGCCAUCAUCUAUGACUUCUACCUGCGGCUCACAGGAAGGAAGCCCAGGAUGACAAAGCUCAUGAAUCGGCUGUUAAGAACCGUCUCCAUGCUGGAGUAUUUUGUCAACCGGAGCUGGGAGUGGAGCACAUACAACACAGAGAUGCUGAUGGCCGAGCUGAGUCCCGAAGACCAGAGAGUAUUCAACUUUGAUGUGCGCCAGUUGAACUGGUUGGAAUACAUUGAAAAUUAUGUUUUAGGAGUUAAGAAGUACUUAUUGAAAGAGGAUAUGGCUGGGGUCCCAGAAGCAAAACAACAUUUGAGAAGGCUCCGAAAUAUUCACUACCUCUUUAACACUGCCCUCUUCCUCAUCGCCUGGCGCCUUCUCAUCGCAAGAUCUCAGAUUGCUAGGAAUGUCUGGUUCUUCAUUGUGAGCUUCUGUUACAAAUUCCUCUCCUACUUUAGGGCAUCCAGCACGCUGAAAGUCUAAGAACAUUCAGCAAUCUCCUUUAAUCUGGAAUCUCCUGGAUACCUCGAAAACAGCAAACUGUGGUUCUCAAGAUUAGGAAGUAACAAAGAAAAUGCCCAAGCUCAUUAACUGUCAAUGUCUUGUCAUGUAUUCAUCCCCAUUUCUUACUUAUAUAUUGUUUUUGUUUCAGAGAGGGAAAGUCAUAUUCUAGCCUACAAUCAUACAUAUCUUAGGAAAAUUUAUUUUCAGAUUGCCUCCUAACACUCUGUGCCCUUGAACAUAAAACACCAAAGUACAUCUGUUGAUA